CGGGACUCCGGCUCCCAGAAGGCCGCGCGCGUCGCGGCGGAGGCAGGUGGGCUCCAGGCCCGGGCUGGGGCGCCGAAGCCCGGCGGACGCAGAGACCCGAGCUCCGAGACGCCGCCGCGCCGGUGGCCCGGGAGGCCGGCGCCAUGACGCUGUUCCACUUCGGGAAUUGCUUCGCCCUGGCCUACUUCCCCUACUUCAUCACCUACAAGUGCAGCGGCCUGUCCGAGUACAACGCCUUCUGGAAAUGCGUCCAGGCCGGGGUCACCUACCUCUUCGUGCAGCUGUGCAAGAUGCUGUUCCUGGCCACUUUCUUUCCCACCUGGGAAGGCGGCAUUUAUGACUUUAUUGGGGAGUUUAUGAAGGCCAGUGUGGAUGUGGCAGACCUGAUAGGCCUCAACCUUGUCAUGUCCCGGAAUGCCGGCAAAGGAGAGUACAAGAUCAUGGUUGCUGCCCUGGGCUGGGCCACUGCUGAGCUCAUUAUGUCCCGCUGCAUCCCCCUGUGGGUUGGCGCCCGGGGCAUUGAGUUUGACUGGAAGUAUAUCCAAAUGAGCAUUGACUCCAACAUCAGUCUGGUUCAUUACAUUGUGGCAUCAGCCCAGGUCUGGAUGAUCACCCGCUAUGACCUGUACCACACUUUCCGGCCGGCAGUCGUCGUCCUUAUGUUCCUCAGUGUCUACAAAGCCUUUGUCAUGGAGACUUUUGUCCACAUCUUUUCCCUGGGCAGCUGGACGGCUCUUCUCGCCCGCGCAGUGGUGACAGGGCUGCUGGCCCUUAGCACUCUGGCCCUGUAUGUUGCCGUCGUCAAUGUGCACUCCUAGACGUGAUCUCCCAGGUAGUCACGUUUGCAGGUUUCUGUGAAGUAAACAGUAUUUGGAAAGUU